AAAAAUGGGUAUGGAUAUGUGUUUGUGUAUAUGCAUGACACCUAAAACACAUACAGAGGAACCUCAAAGCAUCUUCUCUUGAAAAAUUCAUUUAUAGCAAAAGGGUUAAAGGAGAACAAAAAAGAACAUCAAAUAGCUCAUCAUGGGAUGAAUCUCUUCCUUACUCAAAAAAAAAUACUCAGUCGCUCACUUAAUUCUAUGUUAGCUAAAAUUCAGUUGCAGCAACAAAGUUGAGUUUCUUGAUAAGAAGAGGAACAAGAAAUUAAUUUGAAGAUGGAUGGAGGGUCAUCAUCAGCUAUGUUUCUUGCAAUGAGGGAAGAAUUACAAAAUCAACAUGAGAUGAAUCAACAAGGAGUUUUACUUCAUCAUCAACAGGCUCAAUCCUCAACCAUGGCUCAAUCUCAAGCUCAAGCAACAACAAAGAAGAGAAGAAAUCAACCUGGAACACCAAAUCCAGACGCAGAAGUGAUAGCAUUAUCACCACAUACCCUAAUGGCAACAAACAGAUUCUUAUGUGAGGUAUGCAACAAAGGAUUCCAAAGAGAACAAAAUUUACAACUCCACAGAAGAGGACACAAUUUGCCUUGGAAGCUAAAGCAAAAGAAUCCAAAUGAAGUAGCAAAACGCAAGGUGUAUCUUUGUCCAGAACCAACAUGUGUUCACCAUGAACCUAGCAGAGCACUUGGUGACCUCACUGGGAUUAAAAAACAUUACUUCAGAAAACAUGGUGAGAAGAAAUACAAGUGUGAGAAGUGUUCAAAGAAGUAUGCUGUUCAGUCUGAUUGGAAAGCACAUAGCAAAACCUGUGGCACUCGUGAGUAUAGAUGUGAUUGUGGCACUCUUUUCUCAAGGCGUGACAGUUUUAUCACACAUAGAGCCUUUUGUGAUGCCCUUGCUCAAGAAAGUACAAGAAAUCCACCCACCUUGAGUGCCAUUGGCAACCAAUUCUUAUAUGGAAAUAGCAACAACAUAAAUUUGGGCUUGUCAAAAUUGGGUUCCACUAUUAACAACACAAAGACUAAUGGUUAUCAAUUUGAUAACAACCUCAUUAAUGGAACACCCAUUGGCUCUUCUUCUUCCUUCUUCCUUCAAGAAUCAAAUCAAGAUUAUGCCAACACGAAGCCAAUGGUCCAUGGCCUAAUGCAACUCCCUAAUCUUGAUCAGAACAAUAAUAAUACCCCUAGUAUGUUUGGCCUCAAUUUUUUCCAGAACAAUAGCAGCAAUACUGGUUUUGGCAAUAGCAAUAAUUUGUCCACAAGUGGUAUUUUGGGUGAUCACAAUAAUAUUAGUUGUUCAAUGCCUUCACUUUAUGGCUCACAAGUUGAGAAUAGUAGUACUUGUUCAGCUGCACCAGUAAUGUCAGCCACAGCACUUCUUCAAAAGGCAGCUCAAAUUGGAUCUACUACAAGUAACAUAAGCACCAAUGCUUCAUUGCUCAAAGCCUUUGGAAGUACUAAUACUGGUGUAGAUAAUUCAUCUUCUAGUGGUACAAAAUCUGAUCACCAAGCUCUCAACUUUGGCAAUGACAUUUCAGAUGGUGUAAUGGAUGCUUAUGGAGGUGGAUCACAAGGGUACAAUACAACAACCAAGUUAAGUUUUGAGCAGCAUCAACCACCUCAGAAGAAACAGUUAACCAGAGAUUUCCUUGGAGUUGGAGAGAUAGUAAGAAGUAUGAGUGGAGGAUUUAGUAGCCAAAGAGAACAACAACAACAGCAGCAUAAUGGAUUGAACAUGAUGAGCUCAUUAUUUGAUCCAGAGAGAAAUCAAGGCCAGCAGAGUUUUGGAAAUGCUGGCAAUUUUCAAUGACUUUUUCAGGAGAAAAGGGUAUGCAUCUAUGUUUGGAAGGAGGAGAAUAUUAAGCAUGAAGCAGAUAGCUGUAAUUUGAAGUCUUUUUCCAAGGUUUUAGCAGACAAUUAGAAAACUUGCUUCGGGAGAUAGCUUUAGAAAACAAGAAAAAACUUUCUUUGUUAUUUUUUUUUCUUUUUCCUUUUACUCGUUAAGACCUUUUUUUGUCCUUUUUGUUGUUAUGUUCUAUAGUUUUGACUCUAUGUCUUUAGUCCUUUCUUUUUGGUUUUCGAACUUUUCAGGAAAAUAGUCCAAGACACAGACAAUAUAUAGCUUUCUUAAGAAACUCUUCACAUCUAGAUGACUUCAAUCCUUGUGUAUAAAUUUGAUCAUCAAAUGACAGAUCUAGACAAAUGUUUUUAUAACGUUUUAAUUACCUGUUUUA